AUGUUCCAGUUGUGUGUAACUGAAGUACUCGGUCGUGGUCGACAAUUGCAGCUGUGUACAUUCGACACCAAUUCGAGUUAUACAUGUACUUCUUGGUACAGUGCAUCAUUUAUAGGUUCUCGGAAGACGUGCUACUUUCAUAUUCGCUGUGAACUAGAUUACUAUGACGGUCUGGAGUCAUGUCGAUACAAUCGAUUCAACAUUGAGGUGUCCAGGGCGGUCCUCCAUGUCGAUUCAAAGUAUGUGUGUAUUAUACGUUGCCAACAUCAGUUUCCUAUAAACACCUGUGGGUGUGUCUGUUGGCAUAGAAAGGUAUUGUAAGAGCAGAAACCAGUCAACAGAACAGGCACAGAUCAAAGAACAAACACGACUACAUACCUCGAUCCUAAACGAAGACACGUAAAUCCACCAACAGGUACAGGAUGGACCAGCCCAAUGUUAGCCCCGGUCGAGGUCGAGGACGAGGAAGGGGGGAUAUCCUGAAGCAAGCCGUUGAAGAAACAGCAUCAACACGCAGGAUGACAUCCGAAGCAAAUGGUGGGAAAAUGUCUAAUAUCCAAGAAGGAGAUAAAUCCACUGUAUCAGACGAAGAUAUCAAGAAUUGGUUAAAACAGACGCUGACCAAACGCAAAGGUGGGAUAUGGAAAAAACAUUUGCGGACAUUCUUCAGCGAAAGCUUCCAGGUCAAUGCGCCAGAUGACCUAAUCGGGAAAAUACAGUGCUGGUCUGAUUUGUUUCAAAUUGACAGUAUUGCUGGAGGAGAAAUCGUACGCCUGUCAGAUAAAUUCCUCGCUGCACAAAAGGAAAAUGCGAUGUAUUUUGACUUUCAUUUUAAGGAAUCAAUGCCAAAAGUUGCAACUGUUCCGGACAAAUUUAUUCGGAUUUGGCUGAAGAAGGAACUGUGUAAAAGACAGAGCGGAAUUCCGAUGGCAGACAUCCCAAGUCUCUUCAAAGAAAGCUUUGGUGCUUCUGCCCCAGAAGAUCUAAUUACCAAACUACGGUCAUGGCCUAAUGUGGUUCAAAUACAAAGUGUUCAAGGAAGAGAUAUUAUGACGUUAACACCAAGAGCAUCCCCAUCACGCGAUCAUACGAAUCCACAAGACGAAGAUAUACACGCCAUGAAGCAAAGGAUUUCCACAGUCUGCAUACCCAAAGAAGGAACAUUUUGGGAUGUUCAUGUAUUAUGGUCGGAAAGCCCAACACUCUUUUGUUGUAUCCCGUAUAAUCAUCACCAGAAACUGUACUCGAUGAUGCAAGAGCUUAACGCAUACCUUGCCGCUAAAACAAGUACAAUCCCAAAGGCGUCACUGAUCCAAGGUGACGUAUAUGCGGGGAACUAUGACGACACUUGGUAUCGUGUUAUCUUUAAGGGAUUUUCAGAAGACAACAAGGUUAUGACUUGUUUGGCUGAUUACUGCUUUGAUGUAAAGCUCAGCAUGAGUAAUCUACAGGAACUACCAAACAGGUUUCACAGCCUUCCUUUCGGUAGUUUUAAAGCACGACUUCAAGGUGUUGAUCCAUCUGACGGGAGCAACCAAUGGUCCGAGGAAGCUAAAGAAACCUUUGCAAUGAUCACAAGUGCACGGGACUUCGUAUGUCUGAUGUGUGGCAGGCCAGAUGACAAUGAGGGGGUAUCAGUCAGACUUGUAGACACGUCCACUGACGAGGAUGUGGUGGUGGACGAAAUCAUGGAAGAGCUUGAUUUGGUUGUGCGUUCACCCUCAUACUAACAUGCGCCCUUCGAAGAUGAUAAUGUUUAAAUAAUGCUGAACCUUGUCCAUAGCUAGAAGAAGUUUCUGCUAAAAGUGGAGUAAACUGUAUGGUAC